CUAUCACCAGAUCAGACAGACCAGAUAUUCAAGAUGAUUAUUUACAAGGACAUCAUUUCCGGCGACGAGCUCUUCUCGGACUCGUUCGACGUCAAGGAAGUUGACGGCGUCGUCUAUGAGGUUGAUGGCGCCUUUAUCACCGUCAAGAAAGGCGCCGAUGUUGACAUUGGUGCCAACCCUAGCGCCGAGGAGCAGGACGAGGGUGUCGAGGACGGCGAAGAGAGGGUUAUCAACGUUGUCCACUCUCACCUCCUCCAGUCGACCUCGUUCGACAAGAAGUCAUACCUGACCCACCUGAAGGGCUACAUGAAGACGGUCAAGACCAAGCUCCAAGAGGCCGGCAAGUCGGAGGAGGAGGUCAAGGACUUCGAGUCCAAGGCCAGCGCUUAUGCCAAGAAGAUCGUUGCCAACUUCAAGGACUACGAGUUCUUCACUGGAGAGUCCAUGAACAUCGACGGCAUGGUCGUUCUCCUCAACUACCGCGAGGACGGUACCACGCCGUAUUUCACCUACUGGAAGCACGGCCUCAAGGAGGAGAAGGUGUAAGGGAUUGGCAAAGUCCUUGUUUACCUACCAUCCGCCCCCUAAAAACCUCGGUGCUCCGCCUCUUUGCCCACGCCAGAAAUACUACGGUUUGCACAGUGGAAUCGCAGCGGGAGCCAUCACGAGUCUUCCGCACAGGUGCCGCGCCAAUUGAAGGCUUGGUGGCCUUGGCCCAACGAGAAGAGACAAUACGAAAUUCUCCCCCGCCCG